AUCACAUUACUAUUUGAGUUAGUUGGUCAGUCGAGGCCUGGAUCGGACCGUGAAUCGGUACUGUUUUCUCCUCCGAUUUUCCCCGUAAAGUGGUCACUUUUUCUUGUGUCUUAUCUUGUUCUUAUCCACCGCCAUGGACGUUAACGAUAACAGCAGCAUCCACUGCAGCAGUUACACGCGUCAGUGGGUGGCAUCGGUCCGGUCAAGGAUGGCGUCCCGGUUGGGGAUGACCUUAUCUCCGCCACCCGUAAUUGUCCCCAGCCCGCCACAAUUGCCACGUGGUUGGACCAGACAAAGACCCAAGACGCCACCACCCCCACCAAAUCCGGAGUACGACUAUGCCAAUAUUGACAAAGAACUGAGGGCCUUAGUCGAUUUGGAGUACGUGAGGUGGGAGGAGGACAAAAAAAGGAGAGAGAAGUUUCCGAACGGUGAAAAAGGGAGUCGGAGUCUUCUCUUUUACGCGAAGCAGUAUUACGGAGAUAGCCUGAAAAUCGAUCCAGAGUCACCACCACCGCCAUCGUCAUCCGAUAAGACACCGGCCCAACGAUCAUAAUUUCUACUUCGAAAUCUCAUGGAUUGAUAUUACUUAGAUUUUUAGCAACUUUUCGCAAUGAAUUCGCAUUUUCUUUGUUGCAAUUUAGUUCUGAUGUUAGCUGAUCAAAUGCUUGCACGGGUGGAAUUUCUACAUUUGAAAAACAUUAUCCAUCGAGAUAUAAAGCCGGAUAACUUUCUCAUGGGCGUGGGAAGAUCCUCCAACCAAGUGUACCUGAUUGAUUUUGGACUCGCCAAGAAAUAUCGCUUAUCUACUGGUCGUCAUAUUCCGCAUCGAAGUGACAAAAGUUUAACGGGUACUGCUCGCUACGCAUCCAUUAAUGCUCAUAAGGGACACGAGCAGAGUCGCCGGGACGAUUUAGAAGCAAUUGGCUACGUAAUGAUAUACUUUUUGAUGGGUCGCUUGCCAUGGCAAGGUCUAAAAGCAUCCAACCAGAAGCAGAAAUACGAGAAAAUCACUGAAACUAAGUUGCAAAUUUCAACAAAAGACCUUUGUAAUAAACUUCCCCAAGAAUUUGAAAUGUACAUGAAUUAUUGUCGUACUCUUGGCUUUGAAGAAGGCCCAAAUUACAGAUAUCUCCGACAAAAUUUCCUAAUUUUGAGCCGAGUCCAGGAAUAUGAAUAUGAUAACCACUACGACUGGACAUCGCUAAAACGAAAGACACCAGCUCAACUAUCUGGAAACUCAAAUUCUCUACCACCGCAAAUCCCUGGACCUUCUACUAUUAAAUAGGCUGCUAAUGCUAAUGGAGCGAACAAGCAAAGAAUCUCUUUAUUGAUCUGAAUGAAACGAGAAACUUAAUUAAAUAUGGUCACAACAUAUGUAUUUAACUGACAGUGUAACAGUAUCUUGUUUAUUAUCAUUUCUAUACUUGAAAGAAGUAAAUUUGUGUGGUUUUACAUACUUUAACACAGUUUCUUUAAUGCUGUUUUUAAAAUAAAUUGUCAACAAUACCGUUUA